UGGCUCCAGGGGUGAGGCUGAUGGGUGGAGGCUGAUGGGUGGAGGCUGAUGGGUGGAGGCUGAGUCCUCCUACAGCUGCCUCCGUCCUUGAACGCGUCGUUGUUGGAGCUGCGCUCUGGACGCGGGCCAGAGUCUGGUCUGGUGUCAAACCAGCCUGAACAGAUACUCUCAGACAUCUCAUUCCUGAGACGGGGCUCUGCCCACCCCUUGUGUAAAAAAGCAAUUUAAAGCUGACAGGACAUCGUCUGCCUCUCUGCUCCGAGAAUCUGCCCGGACUCUCACUCUCACCGCGCGGUGUCCGUCAGCGGAGCCAUGGCUUCCGUUAUCCACAGACCCGCGUCCACUAACGGGCUGCAGAUACAUCAGUCCGUGCACAUUUGAUUUUUUUUUUUUUUUUUAACCGAAACGCGUCACCUGUUGCCUUCCUGUCAUGUUUUCUGUUUUUCUCUGACUUCGUGGAAAUGCACCGUCCAGAUUCAUAAAGGACCAACGACGGGUUAAUAUGAACUUAUCGCCAAGUGGAAUAUGUUUUUAUCUUUCUGUAGCUUUCUGCUGGCUGAUGGCCGAGGUCGACGCGUCCUGGUGGUACAUGGGCACCCUGGGCUCACAGGUGAUGUGCGACAACAUCCCUGGUCUGGUCAACAAGCAGCGGCAGCUGUGCCGCCAACAUCCUCAGGUGAUGCAGGCCAUCGGUGCCGGGAUGAAGGACUGGAUCACAGAGUGCCAGCAUCAGUUCCACAGCCACCGCUGGAACUGCAACACCAUGACCAGGGACCACAACCUGUUUGGACGCCUGCUGCUACGCAGCAGCAGAGAGGUGGCCUUCGUCUACGCCGUCUCCUCGGCGGGUGUGGUGUACACGCUGGCACGAGCCUGCAGCCAGGGGGAGCUGGACUCCUGCUCCUGCGACCCCAGUAAGAAGGGCUCGUCGCGGGACUCCAGGGGCAGCUUCGCCUGGGGCGGCUGCAGCGACCACGUGGAGCACGCCAUGCGUUUCAGCCAGACGUUCGUAGACGCCAAGGAGAGGAAGGAGAGAGACGCACGAGCACUGAUGAACCUGCACAACAACAGAGCUGGGAGGAAGGCAGUGAAGCGCUUCAUGAACCUGGAGUGUAAAUGUCACGGGGUCAGUGGGUCGUGCAGCGUCCGCACCUGCUGGUUGGCCAUGGCCGACUUCAGACGCACCGGCGACCACCUGAGGAAACGCUACAACGCAGCGGUGCAGGUGGCGGUCAACCAGUACGGCACCGGGUUCACGGCCGCACACGCUCACUUCAAACGGCCCAGCAAGAACGACCUGGUGUACCUGGAGGACUCACCGGACUACUGCAUCAGAGACCACGAGUCAGGGUCCGUGGGCACAGGCGGACGUCUCUGUAACCGUACGUCCCGUGGGGUGGACGGCUGUGAGGUGAUGUGCUGCGGCCGGGGCUACGACACGUCUCGGGUCAGCCAGACCACCAAGUGCGAGUGCAAGUUCCACUGGUGCUGCGCGGUGCACUGCCGUGACUGCCACCAGCAGGUGGACGUGUACACCUGUAAAGGAAACAGAAGCAGUAGAAUCUGAUCUCCAGGCUCAGAUUUCCUUGAAGAGUGGACGGUCGAGUGGAAACAGCCCUGAGGAGUGAGACGCUGAAACGAUAGCUGACGUUAUAUAAUCUCUGAUUAUGGUGUCACGUCUGUGUGCAGGCUCUGAACCACAUGAAGGCUGUCGUCCUCUGAUGUCCUCACAACAAAACCUGUGGUUUGGAGGAUUUCUCUUUAGUGGAAACUUUUCAGAUCUACAAGAAUCACCUUCAAGUUCCUAAGAAAUGAAUCAGAACGUUGUUAACCAGACAGAUUUUCUGGGGACAUAUUUAUUACAUCGUUAAGUUUUAGAGGAGGAUUAAACCUGAACACUUUCUGCUCGGCUUCUUUGCUGUUUGAUCAGAUAGAUUUCUGUGUAAAUAUGUAGUUGUGUAAAUCAAAAUGAGAUUAUUGUUGCCUCUGCUGUUCAUUUCUUCAUGUGGUGUGAGCUGCACAAAGGUAUUUUUACUGAGGUUUUACUGCAGUAAAAGGAGAAAUACAAAAUAC